AUGACAAAUUUUGAAAACGAUUUGUACAAAAAACUCAAGAGUGGAAAACUCGAGGUGAAAGUCUCAUACCGUACUUUUCUGUGUCCCUAUUGCCCUCACAAAAAGAAGAGGGUUGGUCUGUAUGUUGACAUCCUUCAGCAUGCUUCUGGAGUUGGUAAUAGCAGUUCCAAGAAAAGAAGUGUCACAGAGAAGGCUAGCCACCGUGCUCUUGCCAAGUACCUUAUCAACGAUCUUGCAGAUUACGCUACAAUAUCCAAGCGUUUGAAAGCUCCAACAUCAUAUUCGCCUGCUGGAACCGGCGAUACUCCUCUAGUUUGUGAUGAUCAGUUCGAGAAACUUGUGUGGCCUUGGAAAGGCAUUGUGGUUAAUAUUCCCACAACGAUGACACAAGAUGGUCUGCUUUGUACUGGUGAGAGUGGAUCACAAAUUAAGGAUGAAUUGAUCCGAAGAGGAUUCAACCUCAUUAGAGUUCGUACCGUGUGGGACUGUUUCGGUCAUUCAGGAACCGGAAUAGUGGAAUUUAACAGAGACUGGAAUGGACUUCAAGAUGCUUUGCUGUUCAAGAAGGCUUAUCAAGCAGAUGGUCAUGGGAAAAAGGAUUGGCUGUGUGGUGUUGCUGACUCGAGCCUUUAUGCAUGGCUUGCCAAUGCUGAUGAUUACUAUAGAGCUAACUAUAUAGGAGAAAACUUGCGGAAGAUGGGUGACCUCAAAAGUAUUUCCAGGUUUGCAGAAGAAGAGGCCAAGAAAGACCAAAAGCUUUUGCAGCGUCUGAACGCAAUCUCUGAGAACAAUCAAUAUCGGUUAAAGAACCUAGAGGAAAAAUAUUCAAAGACUUCAAUUAAACUAAAGUAUGAGACUGAAGAAAAAGAAAAGCUUUUCCAUGGUUACAAUGAAGAUCUGACGGGAAGACAACAAAGAUCAACUGAUCACUUCAAUAGGAUCUUUGCCGAUCAUGAAAAGCAAAAGCUGCAGCUGGAGUCUCAGAUGAAGGAACUUGAAAUUAGAGAAUUGGAGUUGGCAAAACGUGAGGCAGAGAAUGAAACGCAGAGGAAAAUAGUGGCAGAAGAGCUUGAACAGAACGCCGCUAAAUAUAGUUACAUUCAACUUGCUGCUGUGGAACAACAAAGGACAAGAGAGAAAAUGAAAAAAUUGGCUGUUGAUCACAAGAUGCAAAAGGAAAAGUUUCGUGAGAAAAUUGCUGCACUAGAAAGACAGCUUGAUCAGAAACAAGAGCUUGAACUGGAGGUCGAACAACUGAAAAUACAGUUGAGCUCGGUGAAGGUCAUGGAAUCUGACAGUGGUACCGAAAUUGUGAACAAGGUGGAGACCUUCCUCAGAGACCUUAGUGAGAAGGAAGGAGAGCUUGCACACGUAAAUAAGUUUAAUCAAGAUCUUGUUGUACGGGAGCGGAAGAGCAAUGAUGAGCUUCAAGAAGCUCGAAGAGGAUUGAUAAGCAAUUUGAGAGACAUGAGAUCGCAUAUUGGUGUUAGGAGAAUGGGGGAGCUUGACACCAAACCGUUCAUGGAAGCAAUGAGAAGAAAGUAUUGUAAAGAAGAUCUAGAAGAUUGGGCAGUUGAAGUUAUCCAGCUCUGGGAGGAAUAUCUUAAGGACCCAGAUUGGCAUCCUUUCAAACGGAUUAAGCUUGAGACUGCAGAAACAAUAGUGGAAGUAAUAGAUGAGGAUGACGAGAAGUUAAGAACCCUGAAGAAUGAAUUGGGGGAUGAUGCGUACCAAUCGGUGGCAAAUGCAUUGCUGGAGAUAAACGAGUACAACCCGAGUGGAAGGUACGUCUCCUCAGAGCUGUGGAACUUUAAACAAGAUAGGAAGGCUACCUUGGAGGAGGGUGUUACUUGUUUACUGGAGCAAUGGAAUCAGGCAAAGCAUCAUAAGACUUAA